AUGGGAAAUAGAGAUUGUGUGUGUGUGUGUGUGUGUGUGUGUGUGUGUGUGUGUUUACACAGACGGGAAUACUGCGCCAGAGGAAGUGCGCCCGUUCUCCGUCUGCGCGUCCCGACUUCCUGCUCUGAGGCAGGAGAGAGAAAAGCUGCGGAUCCGCUUUCAGACAGCGGGGCAGCAGCAGCAGCAGCAUGGAGCCCCAACACAGCACACACACACCGCUGUAAAGUCCCAAACGCACACAUCACGCACCGGCAGACGACAGAGGAGCAGCCGCCGUCCACAGCUGGGUCUCCGGUGUCUCUCUGGUGUCAUCGUGUCAUGGAGAGCUCCAUCACUCUCUGGCAGUUCCUGCUGCAGCUGCUGCUCGAUCAAAGCCACAAACAUCUCAUCUGCUGGACGUCCAAUGACGGCGAGUUCAAGCUGCUCAAGUCCGAGGAAGUGGCCAAGCUGUGGGGGCUGCGCAAGAAUAAAACCAACAUGAACUAUGACAAGCUGAGCAGAGCGCUGAGAUACUACUACGACAAAAACAUCAUCAAGAAGGUGAUUGGCCAGAAGUUUGUCUACAAGUUUGUGUCGUUCCCUGAGAUCCUGAAGAUGGACCCGGCCGUGGUGGAGUCAGGUCGCAGCAGUGAGGAGAGUGUUGGUGCCACAUCGGAGCCUGAGGCCGAGGACGAGGACGGCGGUGACAGAAACCAGUACCUCCACUCUGGCCUGUACUCCUCCUUCAGCAUCAGCUCCCUGCAGCGCUCCUUGGAGCGACACCGGCCCAUCAAGACUGAACCCAGGUCCGACCGCCAUGACGACAGCUCCUCCGUCAUCCGAUUCAUUACCAACCGUGGCCACUCCUCCCUCCCCUCCACCCCACCCCCGUCCUUCGCCGAGAACUCCCACCUCUCCGGGCUGUCUCCUCGGCUGGCCGGCUCCUCCUCCUGCUCCUCCUCCCCGGCACAAAGCCCCGCCCACACUCUGGGGAGGGGGAAGGGCCUGAGUGCGGAUGCUGAUGAGUUAGAGUUAAACGCUCAGCCUCUGAACCUGUCAUCUGGGCAGAGGGAGAGGGAGAGGUCACAGAGCACAACGACGCCAGAGAGGAGGGGACUGGCCAACGGCACGCCAAUGAAAGGCAGAAAACCCAAAAGUCUGGAAAUCUCCUCCUCCUCUCUGCUCCUGACGGGCAGUGACCUCGUCUCCAUCGCCCUCAACAGCCCGGCGCUACCUUCAGGGUCCCUGACACCCACCUUCCUCACCACACAGACUCCGUCUGGUCUGCUGCUCACUCCCAGUCCUCUCCUCUCCAAUAUCCGUUUCUGGUCCAGCCUGAGUCCGGUGGGACCCCUGAGCCCCGCCCAGCUGCAGAGCCACGCACCCUUCUUCCAGUUCCCCACUCUGCUGAAUGGACCCCUUCCCAUGCCUUUACCCAGCGUGGACGCUGCCUCUCCUCUGCUGCUCUCCUCCACCUCCCACAAGUCCUGAUGCCAGACCGAACUCCAAGAGCAAACUGGGCCAAAGCAGCCAGAGCUGGGCACAAAUCCCAACCAAACCAAUAAUCAUUAAACUGUCAAGAUGAACCACACGGGAUCUGGACUCCAUCUGAGUCCAGUUACCAUUUGGUUUUUAAACCUGUUCCUUUGCAUUUGUUACGGAAGAAACAGGAGCUUCACUCUGAAGCUUUGCUCUCUGAGAAGAGUAUUUGCAUUGGACAUUUAUUUCUAUGUUUGUUUACUGCAGGUCAACUUUAACAUCUGUGUUUGGUCUUUUGCUUGUUUUUUUUUCAGCACAUAAAUACCUAAAUUUCUUUUCAUACAAAGAAAUAAGUGAAGGCCAGACUUCAACAUUCAUCUCAUUCUAUUACCCUUCUCCUUCCACUUUGUGUCAAACCAGUGAUAUAGACUGGUUAACAUGUUAUGAAUGCCCUUGCUAUUUUCCCCCUGACUUGACUGAUCUCCAUAUCCACACAUUUGACUCAAACGAAGAAGAUCCGAGGAAGUCCUUGUCAGGAUUUAUGAGAUUAUGAUCCCUCACUGAGCCAGAAAGAUGUACAAGUGUAAUCCAGAAUGACAGGAACUUCUCUUAGUGGACUCAAGAACAGCUUCCAGAAGUGCUUGUUGUGCUGCCAUACAAUUAAAUGUGGGACAAAAUUUUGCUUUCUUGCAAAAGGUGAGAGUUCCACAAGAAGACUGUUCACACUCUGACAAAUGUACGCAUGAAAUGAAGCUACAGCCAGGAGACUGUUACCAUAGAGGAACCAGAAAACAGACAGCUUUGUUCUGUCAGAAGGUAACAAAAUCCAACUAGCAGCAGCUAAAAGAUCAGCUUAACUGAUAAAUGAAAGUUGACUGGCAGAUUCAGUGACUGAGGAGCUGGCUCUCUUGUAUUGUGCUUUGAGUGGUUGUUUAUUCUCCCCUACAUAUAUAUAUAGAUAUAGGUCUGUGUGCUCCUCGCUGCAUUUAACUGCAUAUACAGUUACAAUCAAUGAGCUUCAAGAGGUGCUGCUAAGUGGAUUUUACCUUUGGACAAACUAGGUGUCUCCCCCCCCACUGCAAGUCUUAAUGCUAAGCUAAGCUAAUCGCCUCCUGGCUCCAGCUUCAUAUUGAUUGCACAGAUAUGAGCGAUGUGUCAAUCUUCUCAUCUCAUUCUCUGCAAAGAAAGCAAAGCAUUUCCCCACAUUUGAUCAGGAUGGAAUUAUAACUGGAUAAUUAGACGCUACAGGCUUCGCAGGCCAGUAAAGAAUUUGAGGUUGACGAGAUCGUGCUUUUCUCCUGUGCCCAGACUUCCCUUUAAGAGACCAAAUCUCCCAAAUUUGCACAAUUUUGGAUGUUGCAGGUCUCAAGAUUAUUGUUACACAACGUCCAGAUCUUGAUUCUUUGAGUUGGAAAUGUGAACAUGAGAUGGAACCUUCACUGACUCCUAGCAGAGCAGCUGCUAGCCAGAGCGCUGAAAUGCUGUGGAAGUUGAUUUUUUUUUUGUUUUUAUUCUGUAUAAUUUCCCCAAAUUUAUUUUAAUGCACUGUACUUUUUAAGCCUUGUACCAGCUGUGCCUUCCAUAAUGUAAGAUUAAUGUAAAUGUGUUAAGCUUUAAUAGACAUGCCAGGUCACAAUUGCACAACGGCUCCUGGUUAUUUUUAUAGUGAAAUUAAUGGAAGUGUAUUCUCAGUGAUUUGCUUGUUUUCAGCAGUUUUUAAAAAAAAAAGAAUUUUACUGUUUUUUGGAAUAAAAAUGAAUGAAUUCUC